CGGUCGGUUGGUCAAGCCUUUUGGAGGCAGCCAGCCUAUGGCUUGUAUCAAACUCUAUAUUUAGGAAGAACAACUGUGAGCUAUGACAGGAAUUCUCUUUAACACUUUAGGCUUAAACCGAGUUCCCCUCUAGCCCCAAGCCAGGGGCAGCUUUCAGUACCGGAGAAGCAUAGAGCACUCCAGCUAUUCCAGACACAUGAAAAGCCCUGGAAUUGAGAUCCCAGCUCAGAGGACACCGGGAGUUCCUUCUACCCUGUAAAGAGCUUUGUGUUUUCGCACCUGGCUGCUUGGGACUGACCUCAGGCAGUAAACAAAUCCAGAGAGCAGGGAUAAGACCUCGUGGAUAUGUCGAAACAGCCAAGUUCCAAUGUUAGAACCAUCCAGGCAAACAUCAAUAUUCCAAUGGGAGCCUUUCGUCCAGGAGCUGGGCAGCCUCCCAGGAAAAAAGAGCGAACUCCUGAAACCGAGGAGGUGAGGAAGAUAGCUAAUAGAGACCAGCAAGUUCUGUUGCCUCCAGGGUCCUACAAGAGGCAAGAUUUCUCAGUUCACAGGGACAUUCUGUGUCUCCCUUCCAUUUCAGCCAGUGUUAAGUAUUUGGCAAAGUUGUUUGAGGAUGCCAAGCUUGACUUCGCAUUGUCAGUUGAUUUUCGUGCACAGGUGCUUUUGGAGUAGUGGUAAUCACUGGUU